AGGCUCGGUGCACGUCGACUACGCGCAGGACUCAGGCACACUGCUCGUGUCCUUCAGCUCCGUGUCUCCCACGCGGCGGUACGAGAAGCAGCUGAGGUUGCCUCUGCCGGUCGUCCCCGGCAAGCUCGUCAGCGACGUGCAGGGCAAGUGCGUCACAGUGCAGCUGCUGAAGGCCGACGCCGACGCCGCCUGGGGCACCAGCUGGCUGAAGCCCGCGAAGGCGAAGGCGAAGGCUCGGCCUGCAGCGAGCGGCGCUCCUGUCGCCGCGGCAGAGUCCCCGCCGCAGCGGCCCGCCGAGGGGCCGGCCGAGCUGCCUACGGCGCAGGAGGAGGCCACCCCCGGCGAGCUGCCCGGCGAGCUGCCCGGCGAGCUGCCGGCGGAGCCCGCGGGCGGUUCGGAGGAGCCGGCGGAGCCGCCGGGCGGCCCGGAGGCGAAGAGGCGCCACGUGCUGGACCCCGGCGAGCUGCCCGGCGAGCUGCCCGGCGAGCUGCCGGCGGAGCCCGCGGGCGGUUCGGAGGAGCCGGCGGAGCCGCCGGGCGGCCCGGAGGCGAAGAGGCGCCACGUGCUGGACGGCAGCACGCCGCAGGAGCCGGGGGGCGGCGGCGACGGCGGCUGCCCCUCGGAGGGCAGCAACGCAAAAGACGGCACCGCCUUCGAGCUCCUGCGGGGCAAGAACUGCCUGUACAGCCUCACCAGGGAGGAGUUCACCCGCUAUUUCGGCGGGCGGAAUCGGGAGGCCGUCCUUGUCUUCAAGGAUUUAUUAACCUGGACACGGACGGGGACGGCAGAGUGGACCUCUUCGAGAUCUUCAUCGUGCUCGCGAUCUGGUCGGGCACGUCAUGGGAGGAGAAGCUGGACUGCGGGCGGUGGAUUCUGUUCAAGCUUUUCGACAUGAUGCAGAAGGGAUUCCUCAAGGUGGACGAGGUAUGUCUUCUGUCGACCAGGCUCCUGCAGACGCUGCAGAAGUUUGUCAAGCUGGACGACGAUUUCACUGCCCCCGAUUUCGUCAGGUACUGGACCCAGAGGGCUGUGCCACUGGGCGAGAGCAGGGUUUCCCCCGAUGCGUUCAGAUCAUGGGUCAGCAACUGUGAGCCUUUCGAUCGGUUGAAGGGUUUUGUCGAAUCCCACGCGGCGCGCGCUCAGCCCGACACCAACGCGAGCAGAAUGCGAGUCCGGAUCGGAGUCAUCGAGAAGCACGGCGCAACCUUGCUCGAGCGGCUGGAGCAUUUGCAAGACAAGCUGCCCGAUUUCGGGGAGAAUUGCAUCGACUACGUGACAGCACUGGGGCGGCGCAAGCGGUGGGACUUCGUGAUCCAGCAGCUGCGUGAGCUGAUAAUGAAGAUCUCGAACACGUCGGAGAGCCUCCACUCCACUGUCGGGGAUCUGGAACAGUCGCUCCACGAAGACGAGGUGAGCGGUGGCGCCGCGUCCCUGGUCGAGCCCGGCAAGCGCUUCAAGCAGGAGCAGAUGCUGCUGAGUUUGGACAAGAUGAGGGAGGACAGCGCCACGGACUUUCGCGAGGCGACUGACCUGGUUUCUCGCCUGGUCGACCUCACGGAGCCCGGGGACACCGCCGGGAUGGGUGUGGCGGAGUUGUUGGGGGACUCCAUGAACCCGAUCAACGAAGAGGAGAGCGACGGGGGGGAGCCCGCGGACGUCGUUCCGCCCAGGGUGGUGGAGCACCGCGCCGCGAUGCAGCAGGUCUGCGCCGAGAUGGCCGCCGACUGCGAGGACGGCUGCAUCUUCGGCCGCACUGCGGAGCAGGCCGCGGACGCGACGCAGCACCCCGGGCAGGGCAUGCUCGCGGCCGCGCCGGCGCUCCCGCAGGGCGCCGGGGGCCAGCCCUCGGAGUCGGAGCCGACGCUGGUGGCGAUUGCGGACUUCGAGCCGCCGCCCAGCCACGAGGCCCAGAUGCUGAAGCUGGAUGUCGGAGACGUGGUGAGGGUGCUCGGGCAGGACGGUCGCGGCUGGUGGUACGGCCGAAAGCAGAGCAACAGCAAGGAGGGCUGGUUCCCGCCGUCCUACGUACAAGUCAAGCCGGCGCACUUCACGUCCGCGGACGCCUGACACGGGCUCUUCGUCAUUUGCUCCCAGCUGUCGUCUUUCUCCUCCAG